CAUGCCGUAAAUCGUCUUGUCCGACCUGCCAGUGAAGAGAGACAGAAGGCCUUAAAGCUUAUAAAUUUAUAGACGAUGAAAGUAGGCUUAUCGAAACGCAGUUUCUUUUUAUAGUCAGUAUUAUAGUGUUCCUCACGAUGAUCAUAGAGAAUGUGGAAGCCUUGAAGUCGUGGCUGGCAAAACUCCUGGAGCCGAUAUGCGAUGCUGACCCCUCUGCAUUAGCCAACUAUGUUGUGGCUCUUGUGAAGAAAGACAAACCAGAGAAGGAACUGAAAGCGCUUUGUGCUGACCAGCUCGACGUCUUUCUACAAAAAGAGACGAUAGGAUUCGUGGAUAAACUUUUCGAAUGUCUGACGACCAAGAACUACCUGGGAAACUCUGCUGUGAAGGAAGUUCCUAAAGAAGAAGUUAAACCUCCUGCAGUCAAGACUGAUGCUGUUGAGGUUGAUACUCCAGAGGAGGAGAGAGAAAACAGACGGAGGAGAAGUCCUCUGAGAACCCGCUCUGACUUUAACGACUCCAGGAGGAGGGACGAACGCAAGCGCCGCGAGUUCGACCGGCACGGGAAAAGCGGCGGCGACUCCCACCGCGAGCGGGAGCGCCACGAACGCCGCAGGGGCAGCCCCUGUGGGAGGAGCUACAGCCGGAGCCGGAGCCGCAGCAGGAGCGGCAGCCGAGGGAAGAGCAGGGACAGGGAGCGCAGAGACUUCAAAUCAAAGUUCGAGGUGGAGAGGAAGGAUACGGACGGCUACAACUCUUCGACCCCAUCGGCCUCCCAGCAGCAGCAGCAGCAGCAGCAGCAGCAGCAGCAGCACCCAUCGCCCCUGCUGCCCCUCCCCACCCCUCCACACCCCUUCUCCUCCUCUUCCUCAUCGUCCGCUGGAGGGGUUCCCAUAGCAACGCCGGCUCACCUGCCCGACAGCACUACGGACAGCUGGUCCGGUUACUACGGCGCCCAGAGGCAAGACGGCGUCGGCAAGCCGUUCAUCAACAAGCCCCUCAAACAGCGCUGCAGGGAUUACGACGAAAAAGGAUUUUGCGUCCGCGGUGACCUGUGUCCGUUCGACCACGGCAGCGACCCCCUCAUCGUCGAUGAUGUCAAUCUACCGAACAUUAUCCCGUUCCCGCCGCCGCCUGUUUUGCCCCCGACCGGCUUGCCCAUGCCCCCGAUCACUGAGCCACCCCCCUCCCUCAGGAUGCCUUCGAUGCCGCCCUACGGCCAACCGCCGCCGCCGGGCAUCUUCCCCAUGACGGGACCCCCACUGAUAGCAACCAGUGGGAUCGAAACCCCCAACCACCAAUCAGCGAUUACUUCUUCUCCUCCCGUCGGACCGCCCGGGGUGGGGAGGCCACCGACUCUUCCUCGUCUACCUCCUCCUCCUCCUCCGCCUCCUCCGCCUCCAUCCUCGUCCUCGUCCGUGUCUCUUCGUCCCCAAUAUGUCCAGUCUGAAUAUAACUACGACCCCGAGGGCUACAACCCAGAAUCUCCAGGUCUGACGGCAGCAGGUCGUCAUCCGUACCGUCAGUUCAUUCCCCUGGUGCAGACUCAACGCUCCAAUCUCAUCGGCCUCACGUCCAACGAAGGACAAGGCUCCAGAGCCGCCAACAUCGUGAUCCAGACAGAGCCGGCUGUUACAGCCAGCACACCUGGAAGUAAUGUCUCUCGUUUCAACUCGGAGCAGGACAACAGGAAGAGGAAUAUGGGGCCCAGCACAGCCGAGGGACCAGCAGCUAAAAAGCCCUGGAUGGACAAGCCGAGUUUCAACAACCAGCAUAAGAACAUUUUCCCCAAGAGGAAUCACUACGUGAACACAAAGUUGGAAGUGCGCAAGAUCCCGCGAGACCUCAACAACAUCACGAAGCUCAACGAGCACUUCAGCAAGUUUGGAACCAUCGUCAAUAUCCAGGUUGUGUUUGGUGGAGACCCAGAGGCGGCGCUGAUCCAGUACACGAAGAACGAAGAGGCCAGACGAGCCAUAUCCAGCACGGAGGCCGUCCUCAACAACCGCUUCAUCCGCGUGUACUGGCACCGCGAGCUCGGCGCCAACAACACGGGGCUUCAGCCGCAAGACCAGAGCUCGGGGGGCCAAGCGGCCGGGUCGCCCCCCAACCAGGGGCCGCAGCACGGCAACAUGCACAAGGGCAUCAAGCAGCAUAAUCCUGCAGCCUACGUGUUGAACAAGACCGUACAAAAGCCUCACCUGCCUGCAGCGUCUGGGACGACGACCACGACUAAGACGGACGGCCUGAACCCAAAUACAGAUGCUGUCACUGUGGCGCCGGCUCUGACAAACACCCAGAAGGGCCCGUACACGUCCACGGGCUUCAAGUCGUCCUCGAAGAGCUUUGGGAAAACUGGAAAAGCACUCGAAGCGCAGGAAGCUCUCAAGAAGAAACAGGAGGCAUUAAAACUCCAACAAGACAUGAGGAAGAAGAAGCAGGAGAUGUUAAAGACGCAGAUUGAGUGUCAGAAAGCUCUGAUAAACCGCCUGGAGAAGAACCGAGGUAUGAAACCUGAGGAGAGAGCUAAUAUCAUGAAAACCCUGAAGGAGCUGACGGAGAAGAUUAGCCAGCUGCAGAAUGAAAUGAACCCCUCCUCUCAGGUCUCCGGCGGCAAAGCCAACCACAACCAGCCCAAAACCAAGACCGAUGCCCAGAAGGAGCUGCUGGACGCCGAGCUGGACUUUCACAAGAAGAUGGGCUCUGGGGAGGACACGACGGACCUGAAGAGAAAACUGGGGCAGCUACAAGUGGAGGCCACACGUCUGGGUCUGAUCCGACCUCCGGCCGGCCGGGGCCGGGGCAGAGGGAAGAUGGAGGCCGGCGCCGCGCACGGCGGCCGCGGACGGAGCCGGAGCCGGGACAUGAUGUCGGGACGGGGCGGCACCGUGAACCGCAUGGUGGUCGACCACAGGCCCAGAGCGCUGGCUAUUUUAGGGGUCACGCAGGAGGAGAAGGAGGAGCUGAUGCCGCACUUUGUGAAAUUCGGUGAGAUCGAGGAGCUCCGCGACCAAGACGCCAACAGCGUCGUCAUGACAUUUAAGACGCGGAGCGAAGCGGAGAAUGCGGCCAACCAGGGAGCCAAGUUCAAAGGUCGCGUUCUGCAGAUUUCCUGGUACAAACCCAAGCUGCCGUCUGUCACGACAGAGCCGGAGGAAGAAGAGUCCAAAGAUGAGGACAACACGAAGGAAGCGAGCUCUUAUCUGCCCGGGGAAGAGGAGGAAGAGGAGGAGGAGGAGGACGACGACGAAGACGACGAGUACGAGAGUCGUUCUUGGAGGCGAUGAAGACGCAGCGAAUCGUCUCCAACAUCUCUCCGGCUGUUUGGUUUUUGUUUUUUGUUUUUUUUGUUUUUUCAACGCGCAGACGAAGUCAAAGGAACUUUUUAUUAUUAUUUCCAGUGUUUUCGUGAUUGAUUUCAGACGCUAACGAAAGAGCAUCUUUACUUUAUUGUGCAUCACAGGAAGUUCAGAGUCGAGGGUCGACAGGUUUUUUUUUGUGUCCCGCGACUAAACAUUUGUUGAACACGUGUCACUUUUGCUGAGAAAGAUAAAAGUUGUUCUUAUACAGAUAGAUGGAUGGAUAGAUAGAAGAGAGGAGUGUGCUUACCAGAUGAUUGAUAUCAGUAACGCACAACAUUUGUGUCUAAGUGUGAAUAGGUAUUUUUAUACAUACUGUAUUUAAGCUCUUUUUCUCACCGGUUUUUGUAUAAAAAAAAAAAAAAAAUAGAAAACAACAACAACAACAAAAAAAAGAAAACCCUAAAUCUUGUCCUCGGAUCAGAGGAGCCAUUCCACCACACGGACUCUGUUGCUACCAGAGGUUUAUUUAUUUUCCCGCUGCGUACGUGCACCGCGCCGUACCCACACUCUUUCAUUUCACUUCGCUCUGGUCGACAGGAAAAAAAACCCAGAAAAGCUGCAGGAUGCAACUAAAGCAGAGCCUCCUGUGUUUGUAGUGGAGCCGGUGGAGGUACAGAAGGAAAGCGGUGCAAUAGAAUAACUCGAUGUUUACAGAUCGCACGUCACAGUCUCCUAGUAAAUAAUCACAUUUACUUACCCUCUUGUAUUUUUUUUAUUUUAUUAUUUUUUUUUUUUUUGCUCAGUCCAGUGCCACUCGGUGUAAAUACACUAACAGGUGUUUUCUAAGAGUGUGUAACAUUUUCACUUGUCCUAAACUUCUGUCACAAGAGCCCGACAGGUCAAAGGUCAGAUUUCAAAAAAAGAUCCAUAGACAGGUGUUUGAAUGUAAAACUGAGCAGUUGAUUUUAAUAUAUAUGUGUAAAUAUAUAUAUAUAUAUAUAUAAAUAUAUAUAUAUAAUUUCUUUGCCUUACACGAUCAGCUGAUCGCUGACUUUUUACAGGAUUUGUGAUUUACUUUUGUACAUUUUGUAAAUGCUUGAGAGAGAAAUUACAGUUGUACUUAUUUGUUUUUCGCUCAUUUAACAAAAAAAAACAAGCGAAUGACGAGGUCGUUUGCAGGAAGUGGAACGAAGAGGUCAAAGAAGUGAGAGCGCAGCUCAAUGCGUCUCCCGCUUUUUAUUUCACUAAAUGUUUCUUUUAGAGCUUUGGAAGAAAAAAAAAAAAAAAAAACUCUGCACCUCCUCAUAUUUGAUAUUUACGUCGAUGCCGCGUCGUCUCAUCUGAAUAUUUCACCCCGGGCUUUUCUCCACUCGCUCCUCACCACUGAGGAAAAACACACAUAACAGUAGUUAGAGUUGUUGUUUUUUUGUUUUUUUUUUUAACCUAUACUGUUUUAGAAUCCUCAGGAUGGGAGGAAUUAAAUCUGUAGAGAGUUAUUUUUUUGCUAACUUGUGACAAACUGUUUACAUGGAGUUGAAGGAGGUGUCUGACGUGUGUGUGUGAACGAAGCAGCGAGAUGAACUCGUGAGUUUGUAGCGGUCUCACUACUUCCCAGAAACGCGGUCAGACGUGUGCACAUAUAAACCACCUGACUGGUUUUCUAACGCACACACGGUGGCGAAACACGACUUCCUCCCACCUGCAGCAUCUUACUCACGUCCCUCUGUGUGUUUUUCCUUCCUUUCAUGCGCUCACAGAUCUACGGGACAGCUCCCCCACUUUUCUUUUCUUUUUUUUUGUACUAUCCUCUGUACCAUCACUCAAUAGUGUAAAAAAAAAACAAAAUGUAAAAUGUUUGUUGAAUAAUAGUUUUGGAUUUGUUACUGUUUAUAUUUGCAGGAUGUGGAUGUAUUUUCUUUAUUGUAAUUUGUAUGUUUAAAAAAAAAAAGAUUUCUAAUUCACUAGCAUGUUUGCUUUUGCCAAUAAAGAUGGAGGAAUGGGGCGCUUGACACAAAGAAGAGAAAAAAAAAGAAAAGAAAAAAAUUAUGAAUUGGAUCUUGGAGGUAAAAAAAAAGAGUUAAAGGAGAGAGGAAAAAAAGAUUAAAAAGAUGAGAAAACAUUGGCAAAGGGGGGGAAAUGCAAGCAAAAGCAUUCCAGAAAAUACGACUUUA